CGUUUUCUUUUGGUAUCGCAGAAUGGAUCGUAUGAAUGCUAUUGGUGAUUUAAUAUCCGUACGAGUGAAAAAUUUUGAGCGUUUAUGCUCCUCUACGGCGUAUUAGCGAACAACAAUGGCGGCCACGGGUUCUUUUACUAUCGAUUUUGAUCGCGGAUGGCGCUUCUCAGCUAGAAACGCGGCUUAGUCGCUGAAAUUUUUAAAAGAUGUUCGAAGCAUAUUCCGUCGUAGGCUCGAAUGACUGAGUUUUGUCGAGCAUGGGUGAUAUAUUCGGGACAUUAGCCUUUGUGAGGAAAAUCAAUGGAUGCUGACUUGGAUGGAAUGAUCAAAGACGAAAAGGAGGUGCAAUUAGAAGAACCAAGUGAUCUGGCACCAGUAUCUGUCAGUCACAUUGCUGGUCAGCCAAUCAACUCCACAGAGCAAGAAGUGAUUGGUCUGCUAUUAGCCCAACAGCAAGUUUUUACAAGUCCCAGUAAACUUGAGCCAUCGAGUGUCUAUGCAAACCAAUCGUCUGUUCCCAGUGCUGUAGCAGUGGUUACAGGUGAUGUGUUACAGCCACACGACACUGAAAACAAAGCUAUUGUCAUCAGUGAAGACACAGACGUUGAAGUAAAAGAUACAGACUCAAUUCUAGUUGCUCAACAAGGAGAGCAAGAUGCUGCUACAGCAACCAUUAUGGCCUCUGUGGAUCAACAAGAUGGUAGUGAAGGCUAUCAGUCUGUUCAGACCAACUUGGCACCAGGUGACCUCGUCCAAUCAGCUGUGGUGGUGAGUUCAACUCCAGGUGGAACUGUGUUUCUAGAACCACAGGCUGUGACCUUGACUGAACUUCCUGGUGGAACUGUGCAAACUCUUCCUGCAGGAAGCACUUUUGAAGCAACUUACGUUCAUCAGAGCAGUGAUGGAACUAGUUACGUCAUCACUUCAGAACCCACAUCCUUUGAUACAAACUCUUCGGUCUCUAUGACAACAAUUUCUGAGUCAAACCCUUCUCUGGUGAGUACAAGUGAGACAGUAGACACAACAGGAAUUCCUCUGGAGCAGUUUGCUGCGCAUCACACUCAUCAGGUUGAUCACGAAGAUCAUUCAACCCUAUAUGUGAUACAGGAUGAUUCUGGUGGACAGGAUCAGGAGGCAGCAGCCAAGAAGAUUUACCACUGCGUAAUCGAUGGGUGUGGCAAGCAGUUCUCCACGUCAUACCGACUGAAAGCUCAUGGACGAAGUCAUACGGGAGACACGUUUCGGUGUGAAGAAGAAGGCUGCGAGAAGGCUUUUAUCACUCAGAGUGACUUGACGAAGCAUGUAAGAACUCACUCAGGAGAAAAACCUUACCGAUGUGAUCACGAAGGGUGCGGGAAGGUGUACACCACAGCGCAUCAUCUGAAGGUUCAUGAACGCGCUCACACAGGAGAGAAACCGUUUAAAUGUCGUGUUGAAGGCUGUGAUAAAGCAUUCGCUACAGGGUAUGGUUUGAAGAGUCACACACGAACCCACACUGGAGAGAAACCUUACAAAUGUCCCCAUGAUGAUUGCGGUAAGGCUUUCAAGACGUCGGGAGAUCUGCAGAAACAUGUGCGCACGCAUACAGGAGAAAGGCCGUUCACGUGUCCAUUCCCCGACUGUGGGCGCUCCUUCACCACAUCUAAUAUAAGGAAAGUACACAUGAGAACUCACACAGGUGAACGACCUUAUGUGUGUGAACACGAAGGCUGCGGACGGUCAUUUGCUAGCGCCACUAACUACAAGAAUCACUCACGAAUACAUACAGGAGAGCGGCCUUACAUCUGUCAAGUGAUUGGGUGCAACAAACGCUUCACAGAAUACUCCAGUUUGUAUAAGCAUCACGUGGUCCACACCCAUAACAAGCCAUACACGUGUAACAUCUGUAACAAGACCUACAGACAAACUUCCACACUGGCCAAUCACAAGAGAACUGCUCAUUGUGAUAUGGCUGACGUUGAUAAUUUGGGUGAAGGUGAAUAUGACGUAGGUCACGAAGAGCCCUCCAACAAACGUCAGCGGUUGGAAUAUACAGAGACCAUCUCAGGUAACCAAGCCUUCGCGCACGGCGUGCCCGUCGUGAUAGCCGACGAAGCCUCAGUAGCCGCGCUACAAGCCAUGGACGGCAACUUGGCCGAUAUUCAGCACCAAAUAGCCGAGGGUGGUCACGUGACUGGCCACAUUGCCAUUCCUGUGGCCAUAGCAUCCGAUGCCGCCAUCCAAGUGGAAGGUAGUUUGGAGCAUGCCGUGACACUGUCACAAGGGGUGCAGCAGCUAAAUUCCACCCUUGCUGAUAGCACAGGACACGAGCUGGACAUGUCAGUACAGGUUGUCUCCGCACCGCAGACUGUGGUGGUGACAUCGCUAGAAGCCGUAACGGGGGCAGGUCAACAUUCCGACACUGUGGUCGUAACCUCUUUGGAUGGCGUGACGACUACCGCUAGAAGAACGCAUGACGGGUUUACCAUUGUUGCGGUGCCUACUCAGGGAGGAGGACUGAGUAUUGGCGAGCAGGAAAAAGUGCAGGAAGGAGAAGAAGAAGCUCAGAAUGAUGGACAGGCAGAAACUGAGGAUGACUCAGGGGUAUUGCAAUCCCACGAGCCUUCUUUAAACGCCGCCAAGGCUGCUCUGGAUGCUGCGCUGGCCUCACAGCUGCAACAGAAUGACGUCAUCAAUAGUGAAGACCCUGAUUCAGUUUCGACCUCAGAGACCGCCACUAUGGCUACUGCUGUGGCUUAUCAGGCGUGAAACAAAUUGGAGCACGUUUUGACGUUUACAAGAUAAGCCUUCAAAUGGGAUUCGCAGUGGUGAAAUGAAUCUUCAAUUAUGCUUAACAACCAUUAAUAUGUAAAAUAUUUUGAAUUUUUUUGGUUUUGUUUGUCACUUAAGUUAUUUUUCUUUUUUGUGUGUAUUUUACAUCUCAGUGGAAUGUCGACUUUUUCUUUGUAUCUUACUUUUCUUGUGGUCGCAAACUAGCUUACGUUUAUUCCAAGGAAUUUAAAAAACAGUCAGGAGUUGUGACAUGUAAAUAAAAA